AUGAGCGGACGAGGCAAGACCGGAGGAAAAGCCAGAGCUAAGGCCAAGACCCGCUCGUCCAGAGCCGGACUACAGUUCCCAGUGGGCCGUGUUCACAGGCUGCUGCGUAAAGGCAACUAUGCGGAGCGAGUGGGAGCCGGAGCCCCCGUCUACCUGGCCGCUGUGCUCGAGUAUCUGACCGCUGAGAUCCUGGAGCUGGCUGGAAACGCCGCCCGCGACAACAAGAAGACCCGCAUCAUUCCCCGCCACCUGCAGCUGGCUGUCCGCAACGACGAGGAGCUCAACAAGCUGCUGGGUGGAGUCACCAUCGCUCAGGGCGGCGUGCUGCCCAACAUCCAGGCGGUGCUGCUGCCCAAGAAGACCGAGAAGGCCGCCAAGGCCAAGUAAAGCUGCGGAGAAACCAACCCAAAACGGCUCUUUUAAGAGCCACACACUCCCUCUUUGAGAGCUCGGAGACCACUACGUGUUUUAUUAUGUCCAGCAAUAUAUAAUGGUCCAGUCAAAGCAGGUCUUCAACAUCUUUACAAGACAGCUACAGUAAAACUAGCAUCUCACAACUUUAAAGGUAAAGUGGAGGUUCUGCUACAGGUUCUUGAUAAAGUUACUGGUCUUAGUCUAACAAAUAUAAAGGAUUUAAAUGUUUAUCUCCUGUUAUGCAUCAAAUUGUGUCUCAAAGCUUUUAAAAAAAAACACAUUUUAUGAAACAUAGAACAAAUAUGCCGAUGGUUGAUUUGUUUAAAGGCCAAAAGUUGUGUAAGUUCUC